AUGAAAGUACAAUCGCGUUCCUUUGGUCUGGUCUAUUUAUAUAUUGCCGACCUUCGCAUAGGCUAGGGCCCGGUAAGCCACUGUGGCUUAUCUGCACCUGACAUGAUUCUAGGCACAAGUAUUCGACUAUCGGAGAGGUGUAUCGGGGAAAAUGUUCGAUAGCAAGCCUCCAUUGAACUUUAGGAUAUCUAUCAUUAGUGAAGUAGAUCCGUUUGAUGGGAAGGUCUUCCGACACGUGGCGCGUUGGGGACUUUUUGCAGUUGUCGCACAGAUAGGCGCAACGAAGACCUCUCUGCUAAUGACAACGUUAAAGUGUCUGUUAUUAGCGCGUUGGUCUUGCUUUGGCUUAUUUCUCGUCUUUGAUGCCUCGAGUGUAGACCGCAGUUAUUCCUCUUUUUACGAUAUUUUGUUCGUUGUUUCCUGGGCAGUAAACUUUGGUUUCUCGGAGAGCGGACUCCUGAAACCUUCGAAUCGAAGAACUACGUUUUGUAACGGGUCAACCAUCUCACUCAAAUCAGGCGGAAUUUUGCCCUCGGGGUGCGGGAUGUGCUAUCGUACUGGCUCAAGCCUGAGAAGCUUCUUUGCUUCCGCUGACUUCGACUUUCUUUUUCUGAACACAUCCCAGAACAACAAACCACCAAAACGGCGGACUUGGUGCUGAGUUAUCAAGCCGUUUAGACCAUAAGGUGGUCUUAGUGGCCCGAUUG